AUGAUUUCUAUUACUAAAGGACAAUUGCUUUUUCUAAACAUUUUUGCUUUUUUUCUCAUCAUUCUCUACUUCAAAAGCUCGAGUAGUUACUAUAGAAAUAUAAUUUCACAGAAUGCUCAUAGAGAUAGAAAACCUUAUAUAGUAAUUUACAACAGAAUACCUAAAACUGGUUCAACUACUUUUACAAAUGCUGUGGCAUAUGAUUUAUUCAAAACGAACGGGUUCAAUGUAAUUCACUUAAAUAUGACCAAAAAUCGCCAGAUUAUGAGCAUUCCUGAUCAGUUUGAUUUUGUUACAAAUGUUACUACAUGGCACGAACGACUUCCCGCUUUCUAUCAUGGCCAUGUUUCUUUUAUAGACUUCACCAGAUUCGGCUAUCCAAAUCCUAUAUACAUCAAUCUUCUCCGGGAGCCAUUAGAUCGUCUACUCUCACAUUACUACUUCUUACGGUACGGUGAUAACUAUCGAGUUGGGCUUAAAAGGAGUCGGGCAGGGAAUAAUGAGACUUUUGAUGAUUGUGUAUCACGCAGUGGAAAAGAUUGUGAUCCGAAACAGCUGUGGAUGCAAAUUCCUUACUUUUGCGGACAUCAUCAUUUCUGCAGUGAAGUCGGAAGCACUGAUGCAUUGGAUAAAGCAAAACGUAAUUUGAUUGAGAAUUACCUGUUAGUCGGAGUCAAUGAACGAAUGAGAGAUUUCAUAGCUUUACUUGAAAAGGCGUUCCCUCCUUUUUUCGAAGGUGCAUUAUCACACUUUGAUGGACUUGAUGAAAAUCGAGCUCAUCUGAGAUAUACAAAGAAAAAAGUGAUGCCUACCAAGAAGACUUUAGAAAUAAUCAAGAAUACUGUCGCGUAUCGAAUGGAGAAAGAGUUUUAUGAUUUUGCUAGAGCCGAAUUUGAUGCCAUUUUCAAAAAAGCGACAAACGGUACCGACAAAGCUGAGAACAUUCGAUUGUUAUCGAAUCAGUUUCACUAUGAAAAAAUAAAACCGGAGAGAGGAAGCAGGGAUAGAUGA